AUGGAAGGUUCCGAUGAGAAAAAUCUGUGCAACAUUCUUACCUCUGAAGAGUUCGAUGAGAACUCUGGCAGGAUCCGUGACAAAAAGACCGGUCUGCACCUCACUUUCAAAGACGCCGUCGAACGCGAUGUAAUCGAUGGUGACUCAUUGCUUCACGACCUCGAGAGUGGACAAACGCUUACACUAAGGGAAGCUCUAUCUCGUAAGAAAAUCGACAACGAUGGAAAGUAUAUCGCUGGGAACCUCAGAAUGACAUUGAGGGAUGCAGUCAAAGGAGGUCUCAUUGCGCUUAUAGCAUCGCCUAUGCAAGCUGCCCAGGCGGUUGCUGAAGCGGUGAAACGGCGGGAUGCUGAAGGAUACAAGUUCAAGAUCGAGAACGUGGACGGAGGACAAAGGGGAAGCAGGACGAGUGUACCCAAGUUUAGGGAGGAGAGCACUACCAUACGGUUAACACCUCAGAAACAAGAGCCAUCUCUCACGGUCAAGAUGAGACAUUCGCAGACCAACAUAGGAGAUCGCAUCCACAGCAUCAUCGAUGACCCAUCCACUCUUGCUGAUUUGCAGCACGAGUUCCUCGCGAAUUUGGAAGCGAAUCGUUUCGACACCGACGAGAAAGUCAUUACGAAUCCAUCCGGAGGUCAACGGCUUUCAGUGCGCGAAGCAGCUGAAACCGGCCUACUUGAUGUUCUCACCGGUGAAAUUGUAGUUCCCGACACUGGUCGACGUUAUUCUAUUCCCAAGGCCGUUCACUUGAACUACGUACAAGGCGACGCCGCGAAGCGAUUGAUGGAAUCAUUGAACAUGUCCAUUGAAGAGGUGAAUCUGGCUCAGCAGCAUUCUGGUCUUUCACCAAGUGGCGGUAGUGGCGAAGGAAGUUCCUCAACCAGGACGUGGACCAAGACGGUGAACUGGCAUGGACAGCCAUCGGAACUGCGAAAAUCAAAGACGGAUCCUCUUGCCGCUUACACUACCUACUCAUCAAGCACUGCAGAAAGAACCCAGGAUGCACCUUCCUGGGCUCGAUAA